GCUAGAAGCGGACGGGUUGCCGUGAGGCGGUUGAGCUUUUUUUUUGAUGUUUUUCUCAAUUUGAACGCCACUCCACCUGCCAUGCUGCCCACCGCGCCGGCCAUGCGCACAUGAUGUCGACUUUUAGCGCUUUUUCGAGUCCGCUGCUCCGCAGGACGUGGACGUGUCGAGCCUGUAUACAAUCGCAACGACGGACGACGACGAGAAUCCCGCAACGGCAGAGUCUAUGGCAACAACGGGGCACACGUGCUGGGCAGAAUGGCUUUACGGGAGGGAUUGGCACGCAGAGGGCAUUUGCAAAUGAAAGUACGGCUGCGAAUGCUGCUGCCAAAGCUGCGGGGAGGAGUGCGAAGAGCAGCAAGAGACGGAGACAACUGGUUCUGAUAGGAGGCGGACUCGUCAUUGGCACAGCAGCAGUCACCUUCAAUGAAGAUGCCAGACACGUCUACGUAGCUGCACAGAGGAGUUACCGGGUAGUUUCGACGUUGGUACUGAACAUCAGAGACUACCGCCAUGUGCUCAAGCGCGACGACGAGCCGGAUUACAAUGAGCAACUCAAGGCGUGCCACCUUCGAUGCGCCAAACGCACGCUUCGCACUCUCGAGAAGAACGGGUCGAUAUUUGUCAAGCUGGGCCAACAUCUCAGCAGCAUGAACUAUCUCCUCCCCAACGAAUGGUGUGAUACGUUCAUCCCGCUACAAGACAAGUGCCCAGUCUCAUCGUUCGAAUCAAUACAGGAAAUGUGCCGGCAAGACACGGGUUUGGGGCUUUUUGACUUCUUUUCCGAGUUUGAAGAGCGACCCAUUGGCGCCGCGUCACUGGCUCAGGUACAUCGGGCUACGGUGCGCGAGACGGGGCAAAAAGUCGCAGUCAAGGUGCAGCAUCCUGCGUUGGAUGAAUGGGCCAGGCUCGAUCUGGCGCUGACGAGCUUCUCCUUUGCCACGCUCAAGCGCUGGUUCCCCGAGUACGAUCUCACAUGGCUGUCCGAUGAAAUGGAGCAAUCUCUCCCCAAAGAGCUGGAUUUCACCCUCGAGGGCAAGAACGCCAUGCGCGCACGCGAGUACUUUUCCCACGUCCGCGAGGUACCGGUCAUCAUACCCGAGGUGCUCUGGGCCAAGCGACGGCUGCUGGUCAUGGAAUACGUAUCUGGAUUCCGGACCGACGAUCUCAAGAGCCUGGAUGAGUAUGGCAUUGAUAGGGACGAGGUAUCUGCGGCGCUGGCACGUAUAUUCAACGAGAUGAUUUUCGGCAAGGACGCACCGCUGCACUGCGAUCCCCACGGUGGAAACAUUGCUAUUCGGCACAAUCCUGCGCGAGGCGGCAAGAACAAUUUCGACGUUAUUCUCUAUGACCACGGAUUGUAUCGCGAUAUCCCUUUGCCCAUACGACGCAGCUAUGCGAAGCUCUGGCUCGCUGUGCUAGACGCGGAUGAGGCGGGUAUGCGGAAAUAUGCAUAUGAAGUUGCGGGUAUCAAGGAUGAGCACUUUCCGCUUUUUGCAUCAGCCAUUACGGGUCGUGAUUACACUGUACUGGCAAAGAAGGAGAAUGGAGGUGGGGGUGUGAUGACAUCGAGGACAAGCGAAGAGAAGAAGGUGAUUGGAGAUGCGCUGGGAGAAGGGCUGAUUGAGAACCUGAUUGAACUACUGGGUCAAGUGCCGAGAGUCAUUCUGCUAAUUCUCAAGACGAACGAUUUGACACGUUCGCUUGACGAGGGCUUGCACACGCGCCAGGGACCGGUGCGCACGUUUCUUAUUCUUGCCCGGUACGCGUCUCGCACAGUGUAUGAGGAGUGCUUGGACAACCUCGGGGGAUCUAUACUGUGGCCCACCAACUUUUUGUACUGGCUAGCGGCAUGGACGAGGUACAUGAGGGUGGAGAUGCAGUUGAGUGGGUACGAGACAUAUCUCAAGUUCAGGGCGUUGCUGGGCAUGAGGAAGAUGGAGAUUGGGGAUAGUUUCCGGGAGUAGGGUACUACAUAUGUACAAAAAUAGAGGUGCAUCAACAGCGAGGAGUCUGGCGAGGAUUGGGGCUUGGGAGUUAGUCGCAGAGGGUUAACUGCUACUGAAUGCAUUGUUGAUUGUUUUGUUUGUUUGCUGCAUGCCAGUCAGUCUAUUGUUGAGGUGGUGGCGGGCUAUGAGCAAGUCCGAGUCCGGGUGUGGGGCGAUAAGGCGGAAGGCGCGGAUGGUAGUGUACAUAGAGG